AUGGCCGGCGAUGAUCAAUCCCCCUCAUCGAAGGAAGCGUCCAAAUCACCUUCUACUGCGCAAGACCGACUUACCCAAGUGAGCGCCCACGUUGCUCCUAACACGCCCAAGCGUCGAAGGAGGAAAGGGGGCGACUCAGACCUCCCCGCCGACUACUCCGACAUCCUCAGCCAGAUUACGACGCUCCGCAACAUCGCAGCAACGCCCGAUACCAAUAACAGAGGCUAUAUACGGCAGAAGCAGGCAGGCAAGCUAUGGGUGAGGGAGCGGGUGGACCAAUUGCUAGACCCAGGGAGUUUCCAGGAAGUUGGCAGUGUGAGCGGCACGGUCAAGUGGAAGCAGUUGGGGCCAGUCAAAGAAGAGCCAGUCGAGUAUGUGCCGUCAAACAACGUGCAAGGCUUCGGACGAUUACGAGGGCGGAAGAUUGUCUUCACGGCUGACGAUUUCUCAAUUCGCGCCGGUCACGCUGAUGGCGCGCUGAUGGACAAGACCGUGUACAUGGAGAAGCUAGCGAUAGCACUCAAAUUACCCAUAGUCAAGCUUGUCGAUGGUUCAUCUGGUGGAGGCUCCGUCACCACCAUCCGCUCCACCGGCUACUCCUAUGUGCCCCCGCUACCUUCCUUCACACAAGUUGUCCAGCAGCUCAACAUGGGCAUACCGAAUCUUGGCGCAGUGCUCGGACCAGCGAUCGGGCUCGGUGCCGCACGGGUGGUAGCAUGCCACUUCUCCGUCAUGGCCGCCGAUAUAGGCUCCCUAUUUAAUGCCGGACCAAGUGUAGUCAAGAACGCUACAUUUGAGGAAGGACUAUCCUUCACUGAUCUAGGAGGUCCAGCAAUGCACUGCACAAACGGGACUAUUGACAACCUAGCCCCUGAUGAAGCAGGAUGCUUCGAGCAGCUACGAACAGUUCUAAGCUAUCUUCCAGACUGUGGCACUAAGCUCCCUCCAACAGUCGACUGCUCAGAUCCAAUUGACCGCAUAUCGGAAAAUCUUCGAUCGAUCAUCCCGCGUGCUAAGACUCGGAUGUAUAACCCACGCGCAAUCAUUACUGAAGUUGUAGACCAAGGCUCAUUCUUCGAGAUUGGGUCACUUUGGGGUACCACUUCCAUUGUUGGCCUGGCCAGGUUUUCCGGCAAACCAGUCGGUGUCGUCUCGCUCAACUGCGAAGUUAACGCAGGUGCGCUGGAUGCAUUUGGAUCGCAGAAAAUCACACGCAUGCUUAAGUUUUUGGAUGUUUUCAACAUCCCUCUCAUCCAAUUCGUAGACGUGCCUGGCUACGCGAUUGGCACGGUCGCAGAGCGCAGUGCAACGAUGCGGCACGGUGUCACACUCGCCGCAACAUAUUAUAGCACUACAAUGCCAAUCUUCAGCGUCAUCGUUCGACGCGUGUACGGCGUAGCAGGCGGCCUUAUGCUCGAUUGCCGCGACCCCCGAAUGCGCAUCGCCUGGCCAUCAGGUAUGUGGGGAUCGCUUCCGCUCGAAGGCGGCAUCGAAGUCGGGCACUCCUUCGAACUCAAGGAAAUUGAACGCCAGCACGGCAAAGAGAAACGAGCCGAGCGGUAUGCAGAACUGGAGAGCGAGUAUAGACGGCUUAUGAACCCUGUUCGAACAGCGAACCAUUUUGGUGUUGAGGAGAUUGUUGACCCAGCGUUCACAAGACAUGUACUCUGUGAGUGGGUGAUGCAUGUAUACGAGAGCUUACUUCCUGAAAGGAUCAUGGAGAGAGUUGCUGGGAAGCUUCAGCCAACUUUCGCGUAG